AUGAAUCAACUGCAUGGAAAAAACCGUAUGACAGUUACUCUCUCCCUGCGGGGAACCGCGGCCAAAAAGGCUUUGCACAUGGCUCGUGUGCGAGGUUGCGAGGUUGCGAGGUUGCAAGGAACGCAGUUGUACCAAGACGUAAUACAUCAAGAUACGAAAUUAGAUAUAAAGGCAUUGACUUUCACUCCACCUCCACCUCCUCCUCGCCACCAUUCACCUCCAUUCCGCCUCGCCACCACUCCACCCGCCCCUACUCCACCUCGCCGCCAUUCACGUCCACGCCACCUCGCCACCACUCCACUUCGCCGCCAUUCACCUCUAUUCCGCCUCGUCGUCACUCCACCUCGCCACCACUCUCACCGCCCCACCACACCAUCUCCCCCUCCUCCUUACGGGUUCUCCCUCGCCUCGCCGUCAAGCUCGCACCCGCGCAUGGCACAUCACUCCCGCAAUCCGAGUGAAAACCGCGUGUCGUGUGGAAUCUAUUUGAAGAACGCCACCACAAAGGCGACGCCCGAUCGCUAA